GUUUACUAGCAAACGUUUACAUGCAACGUGACAUGCUUGACAUCAUUAAAGAAAUGACUAAUGAAAUGGUAGAAAAACUGUGGCGUGAUGGCCGUAUCAUUUAAUCGGUAUCUUAUUUUACCGGAAAUUGAAAAAAGUGACUUCAAAAUAUCUCAAGAUAAUAAACAUAAAUACACAGAUCAAAAUAUUAUAAGAAAUUCGUCUGAUGAGCAAAAAGCUUCCAGAAUACCGGCAACUGUGCCUCUGUGUGUUCUGGGUGAUGUCCAGUUACGUUUUCUCUGCCCAGAUGAUUUGGAGGAAGUACGAGCACUCUGCCAAGAUUGGUUUCCCAUUGAUUACCCUUAUUCAUGGUAUGAAGAUAUAACAAGUUCCUCACGGUUUUAUGCACUUGCAGCUGUAUAUGGUGGAGUAAUAAUUGGACUUAUUGUCGCAGAAAUAAAGCCUUAUGCCAAACUGAACACAGAAGAUCGUGGUAUUUUGUCUUCAAGUUUAGGAAAUGAUUGUUUAGUGGGUUAUAUUCUUAGCUUAGGUGUCCGUCGCGCAUAUAGAAGAAAUGGGAUUGCUUCAUUAUUAUUGGAACAAUUAUUGGCACAUGUUACUGCUCCAGAACGUUCUUCCGUAAAAGCAGUCUUCCUGCAUGUGUUAUCCAGCAAUGCACCAGCUAUUUUGUUCUAUCAAAGAUGUCACUUUCGAUUACACAGUUUUCUACCAUAUUAUUAUUUAAUUCAUGGCAAAUGUAAAGGUGGUUUUACAUAUGUCCUCUAUGUCAAUGGGGGACAUGCACCAUGGGGUAUCUGGGAUUGGUUGCGUCAUAUAGCCAGUGCAAUGGCUAGUCUUGGACCAUGCAGAGUACCACGUUGGAUUUGGCAACGUCUUCUUUGGGCUACUACUAUUCUUUCAUAUCAUAGAUGA